AAAGUGAAAGAAGAGAUGAGUCGAUGGGACGAACCUCAAUCUAGGUUGCUUUCCCAGUUCCGGAACUCAUCUUCUAUCAUUCAGAGGUUACAGGUUAUCCAAAAUCCCAAGAACUAUGGUGCCUUGAAAUGUAUUGUUGGCAUUGAAGAUUUGGUCUUGAGAAAGCAGAUGGAAUCUUUGGAAUCUAUCUUGCUUUCCAUGAAUCAGACUCUGGAAGAGUUUCAUGGUAUCGUUUUCUUUCUCAAUAAAAUUCUUCGUGAUGGUAGACAGCUGGUUAAAGCAGGAUCUAUUCAGGCGGCCCCAAAACAGCUACAACAACGAAUUGGUAUAAAACCAUCUCUAGCAGAUUGUCUGGAUGGGCUAAGCCUUAUUUACGAGAUGCACCAAUCAGAGUAUGGAAACUACUCACUACUCAAUGUCUUACAUUUCCCCCCUCCCCACUGCAAGUAGGAAUUUAGGAUGGCUAUGGGUAGUUUUUGGGUAGGCAGAACAUUGAGUUGAAACAAAGACUUCUGUAUUCUUUUGUUUUAGUUAAAUUGAUUUGGAUUCAGUGCACAUUUAUACUUAAAAAGUCAUUUCAUAUUCUUUUCUCCAUUCCUGGAUUGUUGCUAGUAUGGGUUGCACAUCACUUAAAUUGAGAAAUUUAAUUGAUUUUUUUAUAACAUUCAUCACAUGCACUACUACUAUCUCAUUGUUCAUAACCUCUAUUUAUUUCAUGCCAGCGAGAGACUAGGGUUUCUUUCUUCUCAUUCCACCAUCUAUUCUCAAUGGAGUAUGUUUUGUUUUGUUUUUUUA